CUUAAAACGAUUUGUUGACUUCAGGCGUCAUUAAAGUAUUGCAGAAACGUGCAUUAUUGACAUUUUUUUCAACCCUGCAUUGACUGAAUUGGACGUAGAGUUCUUUGAAGAAGCAAUGGCACAGUUUGGUGCAGGAAAAAACCCGCCAUGGGCAAGAGCUAGUGCAGAUUUUAAUACACCCCAGGCAAUGGGUCAGCAAAUUCUAAACCCAGGUGUGGGUGCCCAAGCGGCUUACAACCUUGCUGCUCAGCAGAACCUCCAGUCACAGUUCCAGGCUCAGCAGAUGGCAGCUGCUACCAUGCAGGUUCAGACUAUGCAGCAGCAGGCAAUGUUGCCGCAGCCGGGAAUUGCCAUGCCGACCUCCCUCGCAACCGCCAACAUGGGCACCAUCAGUUACCCAACAUUAAAAGCCCAGCAACAGCAAGCCCAGGUUGUACAGCAAAACCAGCAGCCUAAACAGCGGGUGUUCACAGGCUCCGUCACCAAACUGCAUGACAACUUUGGCUUCGUGGAUGAGGAUGUGUUCUUUCAAACUACGUGUGUGAAAGGUCAGAUGCCGAAGGUUGGUGACAGGGUGUUGGUGGAGGCCCAGUUUAAUGCCAACAUGCCCUUCAAGUGGAAUGCCACCAGUGUCAAGGUCCUCAACUACCAGUCCGGAGGAGGUGGCAGUUUACCAGGAAGCAAGCCAUCACCCCUGUUGGAUACACACACUGGUCGACGAGGCAGGGACAGAUCAGGAGGUCGGAGGUUUGACCGACGCGAGUCCGAGCGUGAUCGCCCCCAUCGUCGGGAUGAUAAAGAGAAAGACAGCAAACGUGACGGGGCAAGUAAGUCUGACGACAAGGACAGCUCAGAGGGUGGUGAGAAGAGGAAAAGGUCAAGAUCACCCAAGCGCGAGACAUCUGUCGCGUCCCGAAGGUCCCGUAGUCCAGCUAGACGUCGUCAAAGAAUCAUUCCCAGAUAUGUUGUGCAGGUCCCCAAGACUCUUCUUACUUUGAGGAAUGCCAGUGUGGUCACCCUCAAAUCCCGGUACACAAACAUGUACAUCCCCAGUGAUUUCUUCAAUGCUGAGUUCCCCUGGCACGAUGCAUUCCCAUUGCUCCGCCCUUUCCAGCUGGGCAAACCAUGCAGCUUCCAUGUAAUGCACAAGGACAUAGAGAGGGUUGGACAGAACACGGCUGUCCUUGACCCGCCUGAUGCUGACCACCUUUUUAGUGCUAAGGUGAUGCUGAUUGCCAGCCCGAGCCUGGACGACCUCUACCACAAGUCGUGCGCCCUGUCCCAGGACCCUGAGAAUGUGCAGGAGAACUUUGUCCACCCCACCAGACUUAUAAACUUCCUGGUCGGAGUCAAGGGCAAGAACGAACCAAUCGCCAUUGGCGGCCCCUGGUCCCCUUCUUUGGACGGUCCCAAUCCAACUGAAGACCCUAAAGUCCUAAUUAAGACUGCCAUCAGGACUGCCAAGGCCCUGACUGGGAUAAAUCUCAGCGCUUGUACUCAAUGGUACCGGGUAGCGGAAGUGCGUUACCUGAGGCCGGAGGAGAUGCACAAAGGCAAAUUAGUUCCCGCACGUGUAGAAACAAGUGUGAUUUAUUUGCCGGAUGUCUGGAGCUGUGAACCAACACACCUCGAAUGGGAGACUUUGCAGCUAGGUUACAAAAAACAGCUGCAGAAAAAGCUCGCCCAACUCGAUGGAAAAGAGGAGCAACAGGAAGAAGAGGAUGAGGAAGGCGGCGAUAUCGAGAUUGAAAAGAAAGACCCCACCCACUACUCAGAGCUGGACCCGAAAUCCAUGAAGAUCCUGGACCUACGUCGUGAGCUGGAAUGCCGCACCAUGAGCUCAAAGGGUCUGAAGUCCCAGCUGAUUGCCCGUCUCACAAAGGCUCUCAAGACAGAACAGGAGUUGGAGGAGGAGACAGCCACACAGAACCAGGAGACAAAGGAGGAGGAAAAAGAGAAAGAAGAAGAGAAAAUGGACACAGAGGAAGAUGAGGAAAAGAAGAAAAAGGAGGAAGAAGAAAAGAAAAAGGAAGAUGAGAAAAAGCGAGGUGUGUUGGAGCGACGUUACACUCUGCCAGAGAAGCGCUGUAUCCUCGUGUACCCCAACGCCCAGGCAAAGGGGGGCAAGUUUGACUGCUCCGUCAUGUCCCUCAGUGUCCUGCUAGACUACAGGCCGGAAGAUAACAAGGAGCACUCAUUUGAGGUGUCCCUGUUUGCGGAGCUCUUCAACGAGAUGCUGAUGCGAGAUUUCAGCUUUGGCAUCUACAAGGCCAUGAGCAAGGCUCCAGAAAAGCCCAAGAAGGAGGAAAAAAAGAAAGAUAAAGAUGAGAAAAAAGACAAGGAGGCCGAUGAGCCAGACAAGAAGAAGAAAAAGACAGAUGAUGAUAAGAAGAAGGACGAUGAAAAGAAGGACAGUGACAAAGAUGAAAAGAAAGAUAAAGACGAUAAAAAAGAUGAGGAGAAGAAAGACAAAGAUAAGAAGGAUAAAAAAGAGAAGAGAAAAUUCCGGACGGUGAUGCCCGACCUGCUGCUCUCGUGUAUCUACUUUGACCAGAACCACUGCGGCUACAUUGUGGACAAAGAUGUGGAGGAGAUUGUACAUACCAUUGGGCUUAACCUCUCACGCGCUCAGGUGAAGAAGCUGGUACAGAAGGUGUUGUCCCGGGACUCAUUCUACUACCGCAAGUUGACGGACGAGGCAAUAGGGGAGGAGGAUGAGGCCACACCCAAAGUGGAAGUGGAGGUUGAUCUCGAGAAACUAGCUUCAGGCAACAGGGAACUCCUGUCAUCCCCUAAGAAGGACGAACCCUCAACGCCUGGCAGGAGGGGUCGCGGGGCCACCACCAAGUCUGAUGAGCCCCUUACUGGCAUGGUGAUGUACAAUGGGGCCAUGCUGGAUAUUGACAGUCUGCUGGAGAGGCUAACCAAAGGAGAUAAUUCCAUCGCCGACUAUGAGAAGAAAGUGGUUGAACUGGAGGAAGAAAAGGAACAAGCCAAGAAAGACUUGAAGCGCAAAGAAGAAGCCAACUCGAAAUUAGCAUCUGACCUCAAAACCACAAAGCACGAGCUUUCCGUGCAACUCAAGAUUACGAACAGCUCCGAGUCCAACAAUAGAAAGUACCUAUCUGCGCUGAUGGAGACGCAGAACUUUGUGCAGAAUCUUGCGAACACGGUGACGGGCGCCCUCGGAGAUAUGGCCAGCAUUAAGGUGGAGAGGGUUACUGACGUGAAGGACGAGCCCAUAGAAAAUGGCGAUUGAUUUUGUAGGACUUUGAUGUUGGAUCAUUUAAAAUAUUGGGAUUAAUCACAGGAUUUAAAACUGUACUUAUGACAAUAAAAAUCACACAUGAUGGUAGACUUCCAAAGUUUCGUAAUUCAGCUAAAAGAUGGAUGUACAUGAUACAUGAACAUGUAUAAUAAGUCUACAGCACUGUAUGAGUCAAUGUUUAUGGGGAUUCCAAAAUGUAGGUUUAGUCUUUGUUUGUUAUUGUUUGGUUUUGUACAAGGAAUGUGUUCUUUUAAAAGUUGUUUUAAUGCAUUACAAUCAAUAUGAAUGUUUUGUGUUAGUUAUGGUGAACACAGGAUCAUGUUUGUAGGAAGCAAAUCUAGAUUUGUUCUUAUCGAAGUGCCAUACCGCAAUAUUCAACAAUGUUCCUGCGUAAAUUUCAAGUCAUUGUUAUCACACUUUUAAUAAGUUUGAUAUCAUGCAUAUAAAUAUAAACAACAUAACAAAAGACAAGUGUAAUUUAUAUCUCGAUCUGAAAUUGAUAACUAAAAAAAAACACAACAGAACAUUGUAAAUGUGUUUUUGUCUGCCAAAUUUGCAUGAAAUUCUUUAAAUGGCCAAAUCACUCUGAAAUCUGAUACGAUAUUUGAAAAUGUUGCAACAUGGAUGUUUUUGCUUAAGGAUGUUUUUCUUGUUUGAUAUUACCGAAUGUUUAUGUUUACCAUUUUACAAUGUGCUAUAAUAUAUAAGAUUAACCAUUACGUUCAUUUUAUGUUUUGUCAAGAGGUCAUUAAUUGGAAUCAUUCAUGAAGUGUUCUCUAUUUUCAUCUCUCAUCAAUUAUGCCCGCAAACAGCUAUAAUUCUAUAUUAAAUUGUGUUAACAAUAAAACAUCAUGUAUUUGUAUGAAACAUUUGUAUGUUGUAAUAAAAUCUCAAUUCGUAACCUGGUUUAAGCUUUGUGUAAUAAAUUGAAAAAUAAAUAUGGCUCACUGUCA